AUGGAAGCGAUUGAUAUACAUACCCAGAUAACCACGUCCAAGCAAUCCCCGGGUACCAUUCAUCCGCUUGUGCUGGCCUAUCGAACUACCUGUCCUGACCGCUUCCUGAUCUCCGUCCUCGCCGCUCUACGUUCCCCUGCUGGUGGCCCACGUAUACGAGGAGGUGCUGGUGGAGGCGCUGGCCUUGAGCAGGCACUUGGCCAGUUGAGCACAAGCCAUGCUCUCCGCCUUUUGCCUCGAUUAGCCGAUUGGCUUUCGCGUGGCUGGCACGUCGAACUGGUGGGCCGUACACUCCGCCAUCUCGUUGGCCUCCACCAUGGCCUUUUGGCAAACACGGCUCGUGAAGAGAUUCGAGACGCACUUAAUCAGGCCGCCACAUCCUCUAAAUCAAGAAUUUCUGAGCUUAAAAGUCUUGUCGGGAUGAAUUUUGAGGCCCUUAACUUCUUGAGGUUGCGUCUUGAACGAGAACGAGAGGUUCCACUCUAUGUGCAGAUUGCAGAUCGAAAGAAGAAAAAGUUUCAAAAAAAAGACCCUGUCGCCUUGGUUCUUCCUGGAUAG